AUGGCCCCGUUCAUGGCCACAGCGCCCAUCAUGGAACCGUUCAGGGCGCUGCUAAAAGAUACGCACAACAAACACGUCUACUGGGAUGAGCAGCUCAGGAAGCGGUUCGAGGAGGUGAAGUCGCGUGUCUGUCAGCUGGUAGCCAGUGGACUUCAGUACUACGACAAAGACAAGCCCACGGCUCUCCUUACCGACUGGAGCAGGACAGGAGUCGGGUUUGUUGUCCUGCAACAGCACUGCCAGUGUUCGGGAACGGAGAGACCGUUCUGCUGCAAGGAAGGCUGGAAACUUGCCUUGUGUGGCAGCAGGUACCUAACGUCAGCUGAACAGCGGUACGCAGCCGUAGAAGGCGAGGCGCUAGCAGUUGUCUGGGCGCUGCAAAAGGCACGGCUGUUUCUUCUCGGCUGCCAGAACCUGGAGAUCAUCACGGACCACAGACCACUCCUGAAACUCUUCUCUGAUCGCAACAUCAUGCGCGGCAGCCCGGGCCCAAAGGGAGCGGCGAAGGACGUCAACAUACCGAAGGACGCGUUCGGCCUCUUCCUUCCAGAUAGCCUGCUAACGCAGAUUCUGGAACGGUCGAAUGAAGAAGGAGAGCGACUCGCAGCAGCAAGCAACCGCACCCACAUCCCCGUGACGCUGAUGGAGCUACGGGCCUUCAUUGGUCUCGUUCUCCUGCGGGGUUGUGAGGGCGACCGCCGCUGCAAAAUCGACGACCUGUUCUACGGGCCUUUCUCAAGGCCAUUCUACAGGGCGACGAUGACGAAGAACCGCUUUGUCUACAUAAAGCGGAUCCUCCGGUUCGAUAAUCGAGCCGACCGAGAAGAACGGCGCAAGAGGGACAAGUUUGCGGCAAUCCGAGAUGUCUUCUCGGAUUUCAACAGCCGUCUGGCCAAGUUCUACACGCCGUCAGACUGUAUCACCGUCGACGAGACGCUGCGAGCCUACCGUGGUCGGUGCGGCUUCGUGAUCUACAUGCCGAACAAGCCGUACAAGUACGGCCUGCUGUUCCGGGACGUAGCAGACGCCCGAUCACGCUACAUGCUGAACACCAUGCCGUACGCCGGCAAGGCUGAAGAUCCUGACCCUGAGCUCCACAUCACCGGGGCGUCCAACGUGGUCCAUCAUCUGGUCCGGCCGUUCUAUCGCACCGGCCGGAACGUGACCGCCGACCGCUUCUACAGCUCGGUGGACCUCUGUGAGGAGCUUCUCGCAGAGGGCCUCACCUACGUCGGCACGGUCAUGGCAAACCGUCGACACCUGCCGGAGGACGCAAAGAAGACCGAAGGGAGAGAAGUUAACUCAUCGAAGUUCUACUGGUCCGAGAACAUCAUGGUGACGUCCUACAACAAGAAGACCAACAAGAACGUGCUGCUGCUGUCGACCCAGCACGCCGAGCCGCUGGUCGCCGCUGACGGCAAGAAGAAGCCCGAGGUUAUGUUGUUCUACAACGAGACCAAGGGCGGAGUCGACACGGUCGACCAGAUGAUCGGCACCUACACCUGCCGGGUGGCGACGCGGCGCUGGCCCUUGGCUGUCUUCCUGCUGAUGCUGGACGUGGCGGCUCUCAACGGCUUGGUCAUCUGCGCGGCAUCCGGGUCCUUCUCGGACACCAAGCACGGCGACAGGAAGCUGUUCCUGAGGGAGCUCGGCCUCUCCCUGGUGAAGCCGCUGAUCCUGCUUCGACCUGCUGAAGGGCUCACCAUGAAGACAAGAGCAGCCAUCGAGAACGUCCUGGGCAGCCGUCUACCGGCCCAGCCGCAGCCACGCCGAGAGCCCACCACCGCACGCGCCAGGUGUGCCACCUGCGUGGCAGACCAGCAGGGUGCCGGCUACAAGCGCAGUCGGCACACCAACGUGAACAAGGUGAAGUCGCGGUGCUGCAAGUGCACCAUGCCGGUGUGCCGCAAGCACAGCAAGCGGAGCCUUCCUCUCUGCAACAGCUGUGACGCUGGCCCGUCCGGCGUGGAGUGA